CUAACAUCUUCAUUGUUACGGACAGGCUCAACUAACACUUUUGGGUAGCAAGUGUAUCGACGACUCUGAUGGAUAGAUUAUGGCUCGACAGUAUCAAUUGAAGUGAAUAUAAUCCCCUUACUUGUUGCAAACCGAUGGACCAAAUCCCAUCUCUAUUUCCCCUGGAGAUGCCAGGACCAGUUAUAUGCCAGCGUGUGUGUUUGGGUGAGCCCAGCUUCCUGCAGCCAGGUUAUUAUUCACUCUGGACGACCCAAUGCAUUUAUAAAUUUCCAACAAACACAUAUGGAAUGAAACGGUAGGCCACCUACCUGCAAUCAAACCUCCUUCUUCUUCAGAAACAACAUCUCCCGGUUUCCCUCCUUAAUUGGACAGCUGCUACAAUGGGCGACAAUAUCGAUCGUUUGCGAGCCCUUCUGGGAGAAGGAGCCCGGGAGGCUCCUGCUUCUCAAGAAGAACCCCAUGCCAAUUCACCCCAGGACAGCACAGCAAUAGACCCAGUGGACUACGCAUCAACGGACCCGGAAGAUGACGAGAAGAUUCUGAGCAUCUCGCGUGUACUUGGUGGCGAAAUGGACCCCAAGAUUAUCAGUGUGCCAGAAUCUGAGCCAGAGCUUCCUGCUUAUGAUUUGGAGACAGGAGAGCUCGCACCAGCUGGACACAACUUCGUGCCUUUGAAAGCUCUGGAAAAGUACCACCAUACGUAUGUGGAAGGUGCCAAUCGAUACAAGGUGAAUCGUAACUACUUUGACAAACAGAAGUUCUAUACACACGAAUGGGAUUUCUUCUACAUCUACCCACCACCCGAGUUGUCUCCCAACGCAAGUGUGUUGGUACCAUUAGCCCAGGUAGAACAUUUCAUCUGGAUCAUAAACAGACACUUGAAAACCCACCUCGGCAUACCAAUUAUGGAGAGAGACCCCGGCUUUAUCAUCGACUGCCCCGACGAUGGAACGCCCCGUCCAAGAUACAUUGGCCGUUCGAACGACUACGAAACAGCGGUCCUUACCAAGAAGGCCAUCCCCUCGAAAGGGUACAGGCCACCAAACGAGCCUGCCUCAAGCACCAAACCAUCCGAUGAAUCCCUGGAGGCUUUCAAAGAAAGGAUGGAAGAGAUGCUCGAGAUGGACAAGAAGAAGAAGCAAGCUCUCAAGUCGAAGAAGCAAGCUGUGCGGUUUGCGAAGCAACAGGGAUGGAACCGUGUGACGAAGCGUGUGCAGCGUUACCUUGGUCUCAGAGGCAGGCAGACAGAGGUUGAUGAAUGGGGCAUCAAAGUUUCAGCUCCUACCGCUGGAGAUGGCCUGGCUAAAAUCGAGGCUGAUCUAGCUAAACUCAACAUCAAGACGCAGAUUGAUGUCACCAAACCCGUGCCAUUCAAACAAGAAUCAUCCGUGGUUUUCAUCUGUGUCGACGUCGAAGCCUACGAGAAAAAUCACAGACUCAUUACGGAAAUCGGAAUCGCCACUCUUGAUACCGCAGAUAUCGCGAACGUCGUCCCCGAAGACCGCGGCACCAACUGGUUCUCAGCCAUCCGCGCUCGCCACUUCAGAGUAAAAGAGUUUGGCCAUCUGAACAACACAGAAUACCUCCAAGGCUGCGCCGACAUGUUCCGCUUUGGGACAAGCGAAUGGAUCAAAAUCGCCGACGCCCCCAAAUCCGUCGCCGACUGCUUCAAGGCCCCCUUCUCCAACCCCCUCUCCCCCUCCCCCAUUGACCCCUUCGAAAAGCGCAAAAUCGUGCUCGUCGGCCACGACCUCCCCGCCGACAUCGCCUUCCUCCGCCAACUCGGCUACGACCCGGGCAACCUCUCCAACCUCCUCGAAUGCACCGACACCACUCACAUGUACCGUGCCUUUCGGCAAGAGCCGAACAAUAGUGGGCUGGGGAAGGUGUUAGCCGACCUCGAUAUCGCGGGGUGGGACCUUCAUAAUGCUGGUAAUGAUGCGGUGUACACGCUGCAAGCUAUGGUGGCUAUUGCUGUCAAAUCACUGGUUGAGAAGCAGGGGUUUAGGGAGAGGGAGAAGGAGGUUAUCGAGAAGAAGAUUAAGGAGGCUAUGGAGGCAGCGGCGGAGGUUGUGAGGGAGAAUAAGGAGGGGUGGAGCUCGGGAGGGGAGGAUAGCGAUGGGGGUGUUCCGGGGCCGCCGCUGGGGGAGGAGAAUACGCAGCAGCAGCAGUAUGGAUCACCGGGGGCGAAUAGGAAGGAAAAUUCUGCGCGUGGGGGGGCGAGUUAUGGCGCUGCGAGGGGGAUGAAGUCGUCGUGGAGACGGAGGGGUGGUUCGAAUCCGGCUCCGGUUCGUAAACCGGAGAGGGAGGAUCGCGACGUCUUUUAA